AUGUAUCACGGGUAUGCACUGAUGGAGCAUAAAGAAAAUAGGCCCGUGGCGGGGUCCACCGAGCAGUACCGCGAAAUGUCGAUUCAUGAAAUCGCCCCGUUCUACCGUUCAUGUCUAGAACGAGGCAGCGACGUACGAGUGGGUCACAGAUCGAUGUAUCCGUUUAAGGAAACGACGAUUCCUCCGACUACUUCCUUCUCUCAGCCUUCAUCGUCACCCUCACCCUUGCCUUAUUCCACCGACGCUGCCCCGCCAUCAAAGAAAAUUUCUGACGAAGAUAGCGUGAAAGGGAACGACAGCGUUAUGACUGUUUUUGGGCGGCGUUCAAGCAUCGGCGAGGGGUCCACCCUCGCCUCGUUCAAAACGAUUGGGUUGAGCUUGAGCGACGUUUCGCUCAGUCCCGAGAGUCGUAGUGACCGGCACGGCAAGCAUAAGCCGAAAAGGAAGUUGUUGAAGUUGCUGUUGGCCGAGCGGACGAAGAGGAAGCUGCUCGAGCGUUUGCUUUUCGAAAAUUCAGUGUCGACAGCUGAUCGAAUUUAUCAUGGCAAAGAGACGAACUCCAACACAUCGAUCGCUUCAUCCUCCUUUACCCUAUCCUCAUCGUCGUCCCUUUCUUCAUAUUCUACCACCUCGACGUCCGUCGCCGACGGGGUGAUUCUCUACCUGAUCCGCAAGCGUCACAAACACGGUCAAACGAAGGGCACCACUUCCAGCUGCAGCGGCGCCACAACGUCUACCACCCUCACGGCUGCCCCCUCUUCGUCAUCAGAUUUUCAACACUCGGCGUUG